UUAAAAUUCCUUAUCACUUCAUAUUUUAAGUAGUACCGCGUACUGUUGCCUGGUCAAAAAUGAAACUUUUGGCUUUUUUUCUAAUUGUUUCGACAAGGGCCGACAUUCCUUGCCUACAAAGUACCACCGCGUCGGGGCCUUAUUGCGUGUGCAACGCGACUCAUUGCGACUCGGUACCACCACUCCUAAAUUUAACAUAUAGUGAGUACCAACUUUAUUCAUCCAGCAAAGAAAAUUUAGGAUUUCAAAGUACUCAGGGUAAAUUUUCAAAUGUCACACUUGCAAAUGAAGUACUGGUAAGUCUCAAGACCCACUAUCAAAAAAUUUUGGGAUUUGGAGGGGCCUUUACCGACUCAACUGGUAUUAACAUUGACAGCUUAUCAAAUAAAUGUCAAAGUUUGCUAUUGGAAAGUUACUUUGGUAGUACUGGGAUUGGGUACAGUGUGGGACGAGUACCAAUCGGUGGUACGGAUUUUUCUCUAAAAGGGUACUCGUAUUGUGACAAGCAAGAUGACAGUUUGGACUCGUUUGCUUUGCAAGAGGAGGAUUUCAAAUACAAGGUACCACUUAUCCAACGAGCCCUCGAAUUAAGAGGAGGGGGAAAUUUGAAAUUGUUCGCUUCCGCUUGGUCCGCCCCUGUCUGGAUGAAAAAUACCGACAAGUACAACGGUUUUGGUAAAGUCGUACCGAAGUACUACCAGCUGUGGGCGAAGUACUACUUGAAGUUUUUUGAAGAGUAUGAAAAGCAAGGGGUGGCUUUUUGGGGCGUGACGUCACAAAACGAGCCCAUUGACGGGCUGAUUGGUACGACGGUGCCGAAUAAUGGGUUUGAUUCGGAGGAAAUGAAAAAUUGGAUCAAAGAAGCCCUUGGGCCAGCGAUAAGAAACUCCACCUUCAAAAACCUGAAAAUUAUUCUGCAUGAUGACCAAAGGCUGCUUUUACCGCUUCUAAAGACGCUUGUUUUGACAGAUGAGGAGGUUGUCAAAUACGCCGACGGGGUGGGUGUUCAUUUUUAUACCGACUUUUUCGUGCCUGGAAGUUUCCUGGAUUUGGUUGAAGUUGAGGGGAAAUCUUUGUUCCGAUUGGCCACCGAGGGAUGCGCAGGUUCCGCUCACAUCUUCGGACUCACCGAAGCAGUGGACUUGGGCAGCUGGUCCAGAGCCGAAACUUACCUCUCCAGCAUUUUUACCGAUUUGAAACAUGACGUCAUCGGUUGGGUCGACUGGAACAUGGCUCUGAACCGGAGCGGCGGCCCCAAUUGGAUCAGAAACGAAGUGGACUCGCCCAUCAUCGUCGACUCAGAAAAAGACGAAUUUUACAAGCAGCCGAUGUUUUACGCUUUGGGGCAUUUUUCAAAGUUUGUUGUUCCAGGAUCAGUAAGAAUCGGUUCUGAGUCGGUUCUGAGCGACUUGGAGGUUCUGAGUUUUCUGAGGCCGGAUGGUAAAAUUGUAGUGGUUUUGUGGAACAAGUCCAACGAAGCGAAAUCUGUCAACCUGGCAGUCGACAAUUUGGCGGGAAAUUUGAAUUUGCCCGCCAAAUCUAUUAACACCCUUUUAUUGAGUUUGUAUAAAUAAUUUUUGAAAUAAACCAGUACCAGCAGAAAUGUCAUUUU